AUGGCAUUAAAAGAUCUACAUAUGUUCCAACCUCUACACCGUGAGAAGGUGUAUCAUCACCGACAAGCCACUCCGCUCAAAGCUCCACCAUCAGGUUUAAUUAGGAGCUUCUCUAAGUCGGCUGAAACUCUCGUGGCUACCACUAGAUGCGGAAAAGAGCUAAAGAGUCGAAAGGCAAGGAGCACGGAACAGCCAGGAACUGGGUCGUUAAAGGACUCCAACUACGCUCUACCGGCUCUCGUCAAGAAUGCUUCCAGAGAUGAUGUCAGUAUAGGGAGUAGAUCACGAAACGGAAGCGGCAGCAGUAGAGCAGCCAGCUUAGACCGAAGCACACGAGGUUCCACAACUACGCUGAGUGCGGAUGAAGACAAUAUAAAUGUUGUAGUGAGAGUCCGGCCGGUUAAUGAGACGGAGCGAAGUCACGGCGAACGGGAAAUCCUUGAGUUUCCUGGGAAGGGUCAGGUGAUCUGCCCCGCUACUGCCGCCGGUCAAAAGCACAAGGUCUUUUCCUACAAUGUGGUUUUUGAGCCAGCUGCUUCUCAGGAGGACGUGCUGGAAUACUCUGGAGUGAAGCGGUUGCUCGAGAUGGCGGUGGAGGGUUUCUCAUGCACUGUCUUCUGCUACGGUCAAACUGGAAGCGGGAAAACGCACACUCUUUCGGGACCUCCGGGACUGAUUGAAAGCGGAGCAAGUCCAUAUUCUUCGGAGCACGGGCUGGUGGUGCGUUCUUUCGUAUAUCUCUUCCAACUGAUACGUGAUCGCCCUGACUGCCAUUUUAUCCUAAAGGCUUCCUUUCUAGAAAUUUAUAAUGAGAAGGUGAUAGAUUUGCUCAAUCCAGGCUCGUCGAGAAAACCUCUGCAAGUGCGAUGGUCCAAAGAGAGCCGCAGCUUUUACGUGGAGAAUCUGUUUACUGUCGAUUGCGAGGAGCUUGACGAUUUGUUUGCUGUCCUUGAAGAAGGCACGCGCAACCGAGCGGUGGGCGCACACGCGAUGAAUGCGCACUCGUCCCGCUCGCACACACUGUUGAGCGUGCGCGUGCGGCGCGACGUACGCAGCGAGCGUGACGUCACGUGCUCCACGCAUGGCAAGAUCAACUUCGUCGACCUCGCCGGCAGCGAGAUCACCAAGCGCACGCACAGCACCGGCAAGACGCUGGAGGAGGCCAACAAUAUUAACAGGAGCCUCAUGGUGUUGGGUUACUGCAUAGCACAACUAAGCGACGGCAAGAAAAGAGGUCACAUACCGUAUCGCGACAGCAAGUUGACAAAGCUACUAGCAGAUAGUUUAGCGGGGAAUGGAGUCACGUUAAUGAUUGCUUGUAUUGCUCCUACGCGGUCCAAUUUAAAUGAGACCGUCAACACUUUGCGCUAUGCCGCUCGAGCAAAGAAAAUCAAGUCGAAGCCUAUUGUUAAGAUGGAUGCAAGAGACGCCCUAAUUUUGAGCCUUAAAAGGGAAGUAGAGGCGCUUCAAGCAGAAAACCAACACCUAAGAACAGCUCUACACGUCCAUAGUGAUUACAACAUGGACACGUUGGGUCACAGAAACCCGAGCACCCCGCGAGUGGAAACCAACAAGCUGUACCAGCUGCCGCAAUCGGAGCUGGUGGAGCUGAUUCAAAUCCAUAUGGAGGAGAACUCGGCGCUGAGGAGAGAGAACAGCGAGCUGUUCGGCGUCAGAGACCAGCUGCUAAGGGACCAAGAGCUUCUGAGUAGGGAGAAUGAGAGGCUGCUAAAGAAGUUGGAAGACGUCAAUUCCAACAGAGUGUGCGUUCGGUCUCCAAUUAUACCAGCACGUCCAACUUACUCUGAAAUUGGAUCCAAGGAGCCAGAUAUUUGGACCAAUCCCUCAAUUUCUUCGGCAAAUAGUGUAGCCAGUAGACUAAUUUAG